AUGGGCUUCGCCGAAUUUCUUUCCGAUGCUGGCCUGAGCAUGCUCAACAGCUGGCUGCUCACCCGCUCCUAUAUCGCCGGUCAUUCCCCCUCCCAGGCCGACGUCGCCUGCUUCAAGGCCCUCAAGUCCGGCCCCGACGCGGACAAGUACCCCCACGCCGCCCGCUGGUACAAGCACAUUGCCACCUUUGAGGACGAGUUCAGCUCCCUGUCCGGCGACUCCAGCAAGCCCUACACCGUCUACGGCCCCGACGCCGCCGCCGUGACCCUCAACCCCGCCAAGGCCCCCGCCGCCGCCGAUGACGACGACGACGUCGACCUGUUUGGCAGCGACGAUGAGGAGGACGCUGAGGCCGUGCGCGUCCGCGAGGAGCGUCUGGCCGAGUACCGCAAGAAGAAGGAGGCCAAGCCCAAGACGACGGCCAAGUCCAUUGUCACCAUGGACGUCAAGCCCUGGGACGACGAGACCGACAUGGCUGCCCUCGAGGCGUCUGUCCGUGGCAUCAACAAGGACGGCCUCGUCUGGGGCGCCUCCAAGCUUGUCACCGUCGGCUUCGGCAUCAAGAAGCUGCAGAUCAACCUGGUCGUCGAGGAUGACAAGAUCUCCCUCGACGAGCUCCAGGAGGAGAUCCAGGAAUUCGAGGACUACGUCCAGUCCUCCGACAUUGUCGCCAUGCAGAAGCUCUAA